UCGCAUCUCCUUCACUGCCUCACGCCGUCUGUUGGUCGGUCGCCCCAUGAAGCUUGCUCUGAGGCCCAGUACCUGCAUCGUCUUCUGCUCAUGUGACGCCCUUGUCCGUGCCCGAGGCUAAUCCACGGGCUGAACCGAACCGAACUGCUGAACUGAAGCUAGAAGGGCAUCUGCGACCGUGGGCUUGGUUGUUGUUGGGCUGGUGGAGUUGCAUUAACCCCAAAUACCGACCCGAGCAAGUUACUCUGCAGUCUCGACGGCCACCAGGGCGGACGGAACGGCUUGUCGAACUCAUUCAAACCAAGGAGGGUCGCACGACAUCAAUGCUCGCCGGGGACGGCAAACGCACCAGACGCAUUCAAACCAUCCGUCUCGGCGACCGCUCUCGUCAAUCAUGUCCAGACAAGCCAUGGACCACCACCACCUCCAAGACCAAGAUCUGCCUCCUCCGCCGUAUUCGGCGGAGGCCGGCCCGUCCACCUCGCCAGCGUCCGUCGUACAGCCGCCGCCGCCGCCAUCGUCGUCGUCCAUCUUCGCGCACCACCUGUCGACGCUGCGCACGCAGAUGGUGGCCGAGCAGGCGGCCCGGGCCACCGACCGCGAGCUCUCGGACGCGCGCCUCCUCGGGCUGCUGGUGCCGCGCAUCGAGGAGCUGCUGUCGUCCAUCGCCGCCGUGCAUCCGCCCCCGCGCCUGGUCGAGGCCGCCCUGGUGCCGGCCUCGGCCGUGGGGCCCGACUGGCACUGCAGCGACCAGGACGAGCGGCGGGACGGGGAGCUGCGCACCGUGGUGAGGGUUGUGGUGGACUCGGAGGACGUCGACGGCAAGAGUAGCAACAAGAGCAGCAGCAAGGGCGGAGACGGCGGCAAGACGGCGACGGCCGCCCGCAGAAGUAGCGGCGGCGAUGAGGACGCCGGGCGCGGGCUGUGGUUCGGCGACGAGGACACUGCACGGCGGCUCGCCAGGUGUCUCGACCCCGGGGGCCCGGUGCUGCCGACCAACAAUAUGGAGCGGCUGGCCGUGAGGGCGCGCGUCAACAGGGAUGCCAGUGAUAAUCAUGAUGCAACUUCUACUACGAAAAGGGCGGGGGGUCGAUGGGGCGGCCUCUUCAGCAGCAGUAGCAGUAGCAGCGGCAGCGGCAGCGGCAGCAAGAAGCGGGACGUGUCGCCGAAACCGCUGCUGCAUGCUCCUACGUCUGCGUCCGGGUACACAACAGCGUCGUCCUCGUCAUCACCAAGGAGGAGGACCGACGAGGACGUGGCCAUGGCCGUCGACGCCCAAGAGGUGACGUUUCGGCGCGAAAACGAAAUGGGCAUUUGGGAGAGCCGGACGGGUUGGGGCAUCGUCGUGCGCGUGAGGAUACGAGCAGGGAGCUGAGGUAUGUAGCUGGUCGUAGAGACUCGUAGGGAGAGACGGCACACACAAAAAAAAGACAAACUUGGCAUGGCACAUACUAUAGUAACGAGCCCUCUCGUAUUCAUCAAUGCAGCUUCUUUGUUGCGCACUUGCAUGGCGCCCGGUCAGGAGCGUUUGCCGUGUCUCAUCUCAUCCGCCGUGACAGGCACCCCCAUAUAUGAGCCUCCCUCCCUUGCUACGGGGCUUGUCACGUACAGUACGUGCCAGCAGGUUACUGCUGUACAAGG